GCCUGUUCAGAAAACAGUUGUGCUCGGUCCCUCUGGAGCGCGAGCGGAGACAGACACAGACACGGGGACAGAGGAGGACACGGGGACAGAGACAGACCCGGGGACAGAGGAGGACACGGGGACAGAGGAGGACACGGGGACAGAGGAGGACACGGGGACAGAGACAAACACGGGGACAGAGGAGGACACAGAGGGACAGAGGAGGACACAGAGGGACAGAGGAGGACACAGAGGGACAGAGGAGGACACAGAGGGACAGAGGAGGACACAGAGGGACAGAGUAAUGUCUACGGCCUCCAGACUGGUCCUGGGAGUCUCCGUGGUCCUGACGCUGAGCACCGUGACCGCCGUGCACGUGAAGCAGGCCUGGGACAGAGAGCGUCUCCAUCAGGGUGUGCUGAGGGACCUGGAGCGGCUCCAGAGGAAACAGGAAAACCUCCGACGCCUCGAGGAACAACGAGAACUGACCCGAAUCCUGCAGCAAGACCAAGACCAAGACCAAGACCGGGACCAGGUGUGGUGACCAGGUGACCAGGUGACCUGGUGCGCUCAGAUGGACGGGCUGGAGGAGGGGGAGGUGGAGGGGGAGACUCUGCUCAUGGUGGAGUCGGACUCUGUGGAUCUGUCCCAGGACCAGAGUGGAGA